AUGAGUAAUGUCGACCUUGUCCUGCAUCGAAUGUGGCCGAAACGAAUACAGGCCGACGCCGCUAUCCUUCAUCAGCUAAUGAAACCACACGGUCCACAGAAGGGAGCCUUCGAGAAGGCGACCAAAUUCAUUGGCCCGCCAACAGCGACUGCGACAGAAUACGUGCGCCGCGACGAGGGCAACUUCGAGGAGAUUGCACGACAGGCCGAGGAAGUGGCUGCCAACAAGGAGGCCGAUUACGAGAGACGGGCCGAGGAGGCGAAUAUCCUGCUGAACCAGGAAGAAAACAUCUGGGUAAGUUGUUGUUGGUGUUUUUGGUAUUCGCUCCCAUCGCUCCCUGCCCCGCCCACCCCUUUCUCAUCAGCUCAACCCUACGGCUACCGAGCUCUUAAGUCUACCCAGGCACCGAAUGAGCACCGGCCAUAA